AGACGUCUCACGCCCUCCUUCCAGGAGCCGCCAGGGCUGCGGCUCUUUGUCGCGGCCACACCGGAAACCGCCCCGAUUGAUCGCGGGGCGCUCGCGGAGGGUCCCACGCUCGGGGCGGGGCCGCGGGGCCUGACCUCCUCCCCACGGGAGCGCGCGAGGACCAGGCGGGGCCGCCGUCCCUUCCGGGGAGCGGCGGCCACCGCCGCGAGCGCCGGGCGGCUUCCCACCCCGCCCCGCGCAGCUCCGGGUGACGCUUCUCCAAUAACAGCUCGCGGGGAGCCGCAGCCGGAGCUCAGCCGGCGCCGGGCGCCCCUCGGUGCCAGCCCGCCCGCCCCGCCGCCACCAUGACGGCCGAGGGGGACGGCGGCCUGGAGCGCUUCUCCAGCCCGGGCAAGGGCCGGGGGCUGCGGGCCCUGCGGCCCUUCCAGGUGGGCGACUUGCUCUUCUCCUGCCCGGCCUACGCUUUCGUGCUCACGGUCAACGAGCGGGGUAACCACUGCGAGCACUGCUUCGCCAGGAAAGAAGGAUUGUCCAAGUGUGGAAGAUGCAAGCAGGCAUUUUACUGCGAUGUGGAGUGUCAGAAAGAAGACUGGCCUAUGCACAAGCUGGAAUGUUCUCCCAUGGUUGUUUUUGGGGAAAACUGGAGCCCUUCCGAGACUGUAAGGCUCACAGCAAGGAUCCUGGCCAAACAGAAAAGCCACCCAGAGAGGACGCCUUCAGAGAAACUGCUAGCCGUGAAGGAGUUCGAAUCCCAUCUGGAUAAACUAGACAAUGAGAAGAAGGAUUUGAUUCAGAGUGACAUUUCCUCUCUCCAUCGCUUUUACUCCAAGCACCUCGAGUUCCCCGACAACCAGAGCCUGGUGACGCUCUUCGCACAGGUUAACUGCAAUGGCUUCACAAUUGAAGACGAAGAACUUUCUCAUUUGGGAUCAGCAGUAUUCCCUGACGUCGCACUGAUGAACCACAGCUGCUGCCCCAAUGUCAUUGUGACUUACAAGGGGACCCUGGCAGAGGUCAGAGCCGUGCAGGCGAUCAGCCCGGGAGAAGAGGUUUUCACCAGCUACAUCGACCUCCUGUAUCCCACAGAAGACAGGAAUGACCGGCUUAGAGAUUCUUAUUUCUUCACCUGCGAGUGCCAGGAGUGCACCACCAAGGACAAGGAUAGGGCCAAGGUGAAAAUCCGGAAGCUCAACGAUCCCCCAAAGGCAGACGCUGUCCGUGACAUGGUCAGAUACGCCCGCAACGUCAUCGAGGAGUUCCGGAGAGCCAAGCACUACAAAUCCCCUAGCGAGCUGCUGGAGAUUUGCGAGCUCAGCCAGGAGAAGAUGAGCUCCGUGUUUGAGGACAGUAACGUGUACAUGCUGCACAUGAUGUACCAGGCCAUGGGCGUCUGCUUGUACAUGCAGGACUGGGAAGGAGCCCUGCGCUACGGACAGAAAAUCAUCAAGCCCUACAGCAAGCAUUACCCACUGUACUCCCUCAACGUGGCCUCCAUGUGGCUGAAGCUGGGAAGACUGUACAUGGGCCUGGAGAACAGAGCGGCCGGGGAGAAAGCCCUGCAGAAGGCCAUGGCGAUCAUGGAAGUGGCCCACGGCAAAGAUCACCCGUACAUCUCCGAGAUCAAACAGGAAAUUGAGCGCCGCUGAGCCGAGGCCAACAUGGUAUUUUUACCUUUUAUGUGCGUGUGCAGAAGCCGUCCAGGGUUCGAGGAUUUCAGAUCCCGCGUAUCACUCCGGCAUUUCUGCAAACCCACUGCAGUGAGAACACCAUCUGCACCUAAGCCUUACACGGCUCACUUGGCAUUGGUUUUCAUCUUUAACCUUAAGAUCACAUUCAUUUUUGAAUGCUUUUUUUCCCUAGGAGAGAAUGGCACGGUUUCAUGUAUUAUACUUUGGACAGGUUGAGUUUGAAUAAAAUGUUACUAUUUUCCCCUUCAUGCCUAUUAUUAUAAUGUUCUGAACAAACCUGAAUGGUGAAAGUAAAUAAAAAAGGUGAUAGUGGUUGAA